CUGAAGUUCACUUAGUAUACCUAAGAAGACUUGUAGCAGUAUCCAAAAGCGUAAAGACAAGCUCCUCGGGCUGAGCCGCGAGUGAGAAGGAAAGGUCCUCAGGCCUACAGGGCGAGCGCGGCGCCCUUCUUGGACGCCCGCUGAAGCCAAGAUGAACCCCGAGUACGACUAUCUCUUCAAGCUUCUGCUCAUCGGCGACUCCGGCGUGGGCAAGUCGUGCCUGCUGCUUCGGUUCGCCGAUGACACCUACACCGAGAGCUAUAUCAGCACCAUCGGCGUAGACUUCAAAAUUCGCACCGUGGAGCUGGAUGGGAAGGUGAUCAAGUUGCAAAUCUGGGACACGGCUGGCCAGGAGCGUUUCCGAACCAUCACCAGCAGCUACUACCGCGGCGCUCACGGCAUCAUUGUCGUGUACGAUGUGACCGACCAGGAGAGCUUUAACAACGUCAAGCAGUGGCUCAAUGAGAUUGGGAGGUAUGCCAGUGAGAACGUCAACAAGUUGCUCGUUGGCAACAAGAGCGAUCUGACGUCGAAGAAGGUGGUGGACUACCAGGUGGCGAAGGCUUUCGCCGACGAGAUUGGCAUCCCGUUCCUCGAAACUUCGGCUAAGAACGCGACGAACGUGGAGCAGGCGUUCAUGACAAUGGCGGCGGAGAUCAAGAACAGGAUGGCGAGCCAGCCCGUCCCCCAAAAGACCGGCGGCCCGGUGGUGCGGCCAACGGAGGGCAAGCCGAUUAACUCUAAGUCGUCCUCUUGCUGCUGAGCAGCUCAUGGAGCGUUACCGGAGAGCAGCCUGAGUGGAGGAGCGAAUUAGGAGCGGUGUGCGGUAGUUGUUUAGGGUGGGUGGGUUGGGUAUUGGGUUACCGGCAGCGGUGUGGAGACCUGGCGUAUGCCAGUGGUAUAGAGUUCUAGGUGCGGUGGAGGCUGCCCUUCCAUGGGUCGCACAGGAAGGUCAAAACCAGCAUGCAUCGCAUGACCCUGUAACUUUAACGUGACUGAUGUUACGCGCGAUGCGCAAGUUCGCUGCUCUGCACCCAUUGUCCGGGUCAGGGCCUGUUGCCCCUCUGUAACUAAUGAGCGAGGUUA